AUGACGAACGAAACCGUCUGGAUAGAGAAGUUAGAUAAUCCAACCCUUUCGGUGCUGCCACAUGACUUUUUGCGCCCACAGCAGGAACCUUAUACAAGACAGGCUACAUAUUCUUUACAGGUUCCUCAACUAGAUGUACCUCAUAAUGCAUUUAUUAACAAGUACGCUGUCGCUUUAAGUGUAUGGGCUGCAUUGUUAUAUAGAGUAACCGGCGAUGAUGACAUUGUUCUCUAUAUCGCCAAUAACAAAAUCUUAAGAUUUAACAUUCAACCAACGUGGUCAUUUAGUGAGUUGUAUUCCACUAUAAACGCUGAAUUAAGUCAGCUCGAGUCCGUUAAAGCUGAUUUCUCAUUCGAUGAUUUGGCUGAGAAUAUUCAGAGUCACCAGGAUUUGGAAAGAACACCUCAGUUAUUUCGCUUGGCCUUUUUAGAAAACCAAGAUUUCAAACUGGACCAGUUCAAGCAUCACUUAGUGGACUUUGCGUUGAAUCUGGAAACAAACAAUAGUGCACAUGUUUUGAACUUGAUCUAUAACAACUUGUUGUAUUCAAAUGAUAGAGUAACCAUUAUUGCAGACCAAUUUACCCAAUAUUUGACUGCCGCACUAAAGGACCCAUCUAUUUGCAUAACCAAAAUUUCUCUGAUUACGCCAUCUUCUAAGGGCAGCUUACCUGAUCCAACAGAGAACUUGGGCUGGUGCGAUUUUGUAGGUUGUAUUCAUGACAUUUUCCAAGAUAACGCUGAAGCCUUCCCAGAAAGAGCCUGUGUUGUGGAAACGCCAGCACUAAACUCUAAAAAAUCUCGUUCUUUUACUUAUCAGGAUAUCAACCGUACCUCUAAUAUAGUAGCCCAUUAUUUAAUUAAGACAGGUAUCAAAAGAGGUGAUGUCGUGAUGAUUUACUCCUCAAGAGGUGUUGACUUAAUGGUAUGCGUGAUGGGUGUCUUGAAAGCCGGCGCCACUUUUUCUGUUAUUGACCCAGCAUAUCCUCCAGCUAGGCAAACAGUUUACCUAGGUGUGGCCAAACCUCGUGGGUUGAUUGUUAUUAGAGCUGCUGGUCAAUUAGACCAACUGGUGGAAGAAUACAUCAAGGAUAAGUUGGACAUUGUUUCUAGAAUCAACUCUAUUGCAAUUCAGGAAAACGGCACCAUUGAAAGUGACAGGUCAGAUGAAGGCGGAGACGUUUUGACUCCGUAUGAACAACUCAAGGAUACCAGAACAGGUGUGGUUGUGGGUCCAGACUCUAAUCCAACCCUGUCUUUCACCUCUGGUUCUGAAGGUAUUCCCAAAGGUGUUCUUGGUAGACAUUUUUCUUUAGCCUACUAUUUCAAUUGGAUGUCUAAAAAGUUCAACUUGUCAGAAAAUGAUAAGUUCACAAUGCUGAGUGGUAUUGCACACGACCCAAUUCAAAGAGAUAUGUUUACCCCACUAUUUCUAGGUGCUCAAUUGUAUGUUCCUACACAAGACGACAUUGGUACACCAGGUCGUUUAGCUGAAUGGAUGAGUACAUAUGGCUGCACUGUCACACAUUUAACUCCUGCCAUGGGUCAAUUACUUACCGCUCAGGCCACAACUUCAUUCCCAAAAUUGCAUCACGCCUUUUUUGUGGGUGACAUCUUAACGAAACGUGAUUGUCUAAGGUUGCAGACGUUGGCCGAAAACUGCCGUAUCGUGAAUAUGUACGGUACCACUGAAACACAACGUUCCGUUUCCUAUUUUGAAGUCAAAUCAAAAAAUGACGACCCAAACUUUUUGAAGAAAUUGAAGGAUGUUAUGCCUGCAGGUAAAGGUAUGUUAAACGUCCAGUUAUUGGUUGUUAACAGGAAUGAUCGUACUCAAAUAUGUGGUAUCGGUGAGAUCGGUGAGAUUUACGUGCGUGCCGGUGGUUUAGCAGAGGGCUACAGAGGAUUGCCAGAUUUGAAUAAAGAAAAAUUUGUUAACAACUGGUUUGUCGGGAAGGAUCACUGGAAUUAUUUGAAUAAGGAUAAUGGCGAACCCUGGAGACAAUUCUGGUUGGGUCCAAGGGAUAGAUUGUACAGAACCGGUGACUUGGGUCGUUAUCUUCCAGACGGUGACUGUGAAUGUUGCGGUAGAGCUGAUGAUCAAGUUAAAAUCCGUGGGUUUAGAAUAGAGUUGGGAGAAAUAGAUACACAUAUUUCUCAACACCCCCUGGUAAGAGAAAACAUCACUUUAGUUCGCAAGAACGCGGAUAAUGAACCAACUUUGAUAACGUUUAUGGUCCCAAGAUUUGAUAAGCCGGAAGAGCUAUCUAAAUUCCAAAGUGAGGUUCCAAAAGAAGUUACGAGUGACCCAAUAGUCAAAGGUUUAGUCGGUUACCAUCUUUUAUCUAGGGACAUUAAAACUUUCCUGAAAAAAAGACUGGCAAGUUACGCUAUGCCUUCUCUAAUUGUUGUAAUGGAUAAGCUACCAUUGAAUCCAAAUGGUAAAGUUGACAAGCCAAAACUACAAUUUCCAACCCCAAAGCAACUAAACUUGGUUGCUGAGAAUACAAUUUCUGAAAUUGACGACUCUCAAUUUACUGAUAUUGAACGUGAAGUUAGGGACUUAUGGUUAGGUAUAUUACCUACCAAGCCAGCUUCUGUAUCACCUGAUGAUUCGUUUUUCGACUUGGGUGGUCAUUCUAUCUUAGCUACCAAAAUGAUAUUCACAUUAAAGAAAAAGCUAGAGGUUGAUUUGCCAUUGGGAACUAUUUUCAAAUAUCCAACCAUAAAAAGUUUUGCUGCAGAAAUCAAUAGAAUCAAAUCAUCUGACGGAUCGGCACAACAAGAAACCAAAACAACCACUACCGUCGAUUAUGCAGAAGAUGCUAAGAAAUUAGUUGAGACACUAUCAAGUUCUUAUCCUUCUCGCGAGUCUUUCGUUGAACCUAAUAGUGCUGAAGGUGAGACCACAAUCAAUGUUUUUGUGACUGGUACAACCGGGUUUUUAGGUUCAUAUAUUCUUGCAGAUUUGUUGAAACGUUCAACAAAGAAUUAUAGGUUCAAAGUUUUCGCUCACGUGAGGGCUAAAGAUGAAGAAGCUGCAUUCGAAAGGCUACACAAGGCGGGGAUCACAUAUGGAACUUGGAAUGAGAAAUUCGCCUUGAGUAUUGAAAUUGUGUUAGGUGACUUAUCAAAGAGUCAGUUUGGCCUUUCUGAUGAGAAAUGGUCAGAUUUGGCAAACACGAUUGACGUGAUUAUUCAUAACGGUGCUUUGGUGCACUGGGUGUAUCCAUAUGCAAAAUUGAGGGAUGCCAAUGUUAUCUCCACAAUAAACGUUAUGAACUUAGCAGCCGUUGGCAAGCCAAAAUUCUUUGAUUUUGUUUCCUCUACUUCCACACUGGAUACAGAAUAUUACUUCGACCUGUCAGAUAAACUUGUUAGCGAAGGAAAGUCAGGUAUUCUGGAAUCUGAUGAUUUGAUGAAUUCUGCAAGCGGGCUCACCGGUGGGUAUGGUCAAUCCAAGUGGGCUGCAGAGUAUAUCAUCAGACGUGCAGGUGAAAGAGGGCUACGUGGAUGUAUUGUCAGGCCUGGUUACGUAACAGGUGCCUCUGCUAAUGGUUCUUCAAACACAGAUGAUUUCUUAUUGAGAUGUUUGAAAGGAUCAGUUCAACUGGGCAAAAUUCCAGAUAUUAGAAAUUCCGUGAAUAUGGUUCCAGUAGACCAUGUGGCUCGUGUUGUUGUUGCCACUUCUCUGAAUCCACCAAAAGAUAAUGAAUUGACUGUCGCCCAAGUGACGGGUCAUCCAAGAAUAUUAUUCAAGGACUACCUAUAUACUUUGCACGAUUAUGGUUACGACGCCGAAAUAGAAAGAUACUCUGACUGGAAAAAGUCAUUGGAAGUAUCUGUCAUCGAUAAGAAUGAAGAUAAUGCAUUGUAUCCUUUGUUACACAUGGUCCUAGACAACUUACCUGAAAGUACCAAGGCUCCCGAAUUGGAUGACAGGAAUGCCGUCGCAUCUUUGAAGAAAGACAUUGCAUGGACAAGUGUCGAUUGGUCCAAUGGGAUGGGAAUUACACCGGAAGAGGUUGGUAUCUACAUUGCAUUUUUGAACGAGGUUGGAUUUUUACCUCCACCAGCUCAUAAUGACAGACUUCCACUGCCAAGUAUAGAACUAACUCAAGCACAAAUAAGCCUAGUCGCUUCAGGCGCUGGUGCUCGUGGAAGUUCCGCAACCGCUUAA